AUGGUUCAAGAAGAUUUGUUCAGGUCCAAGGAACGGCAGCCUCGAGUUCUACUGCUACCGUGGCUAGCAUACGGCCACAUCUCCCCCUUCUUGGAGCUGGCCAGGCAUCUUUCUUGCAGAGGCUUCACAACCUACCUCUGUUCCACCCAUACCAAUCUCUCCUCCAUAAAAGAAAAGCUUCGACAGAGGAGCUAUUCGAGCAUCAAAACAGUAGAACUCCAACUACCGUCGAUUCCUGAACUCCCUCCAAAAUUCCAAGCAACGUCGUCUCUCCCAUCACACCUAAUGCCUCUGCUUAAGAAGGCCUUUGAUUUAUCCAAGCCUGCUUUUAUAGACAUCCUACAGGCUCUGAACCCAGACUUUGUUAUUUAUGACUUCCUCCAACCAUGGGCUCCCUUGGCGGCUUCACAACUGGGCAUCCCCGCCGUGCUCUUCUUAUCAACUAGUGCUAUUUGCUUUUCUUAUGGCCGUUCCAGGCAUGAAGGACACGACCAAAACGUCUCCCCUUUCAAAACCAUUCAUUUCCUUGAGCAUGAAGUAGAGAACAACAAUAGAAUGCUCCGCAGUGAAGCGAACGGCAUCAGGGACGUAGACAGAGUUAAUCAAUGCGUCGAUCAGUCUGAAGAUGUGAUCUUCAUAAGAAGCUCCAGAGAGAUUGAAAGAAAGUUUGUCGAUUAUCUUCCGCUCGUAACCGGUAAAAGGGUGAUCACAGUAGGCAGUCUGCUUAAUCAAGAGGCAAGCGACCACUCUGCAUCACUGCCAUGCAAGUUCACAAGUUGGCUUGGAACAAAGAGGAGCUCUUCUGUGGUUUUUGUUUCAUUUGGUACAGAAUAUUUCAUGUCAAAGGAAGAAAUCACAGAGAUCGCACUCGGUCUGGAGCUAUCGAGGCAGAACUUCAUAUGGGCAGUCAGAUUUGUAUCUGAGGAGGAGGAGGAGGGGAUGGAGAGACAACUGCCCGAGGGAUUCAUGCAGAGAGUUGAGGGGAGAGGAAUGGUGGCGAAUCAGUGGAUCCCACAAAUGGAAAUACUGAGCCACCCCUCAAUUGGAGGCUUUCUGACCCACUGCGGAUGGGGGUCCCUGAAUGAGGGGAUGGGCUGUGGGGUGCCCUUCAUUGCUCUGCCCUUGCACUUGGACCAGCCUCUCAAUGCAAAGCUGGUGGUAGGGGAGCUGGGCCUUGGGGUGGAGAUAGAGAGAGAAAGGGAUGGGAGGUUUAGGAGGGAGAAGGUGGCGGAGGGGAUCAGGAGGGUGAUGGUUGGUGGGGAGGGGGAAAAGAUGAGGAGGAAGGCGAAGGAGAUGGCUAAGAAGAUGAAGGAGAAAGAUGAUGGGGAGAUUGAUGUGCUGGUUGGCGAGGUGAGGAAGAUGACGAGCGGAAGGGGAUGGAAGGAGCGGGGACUGCAGAUCAGAGAGAUGAAGUAA